UCAGUGACGCAGUAGAUGUAAACAAACAGAAGCUAAGCAGCCAUUUCGGUUCCGGAGGAGUUUUUCUGCUCUUUGGGCGUUGGAGAGUUUUAGCGUCGAAUAAAUUAGUUCACUGGGUGUUAAAAGACAUGAAGGACCCGACCAUCGGAACCACAUCCACCCCCACCGGUACCGGAGAGGUCGUCCUCAGCAGCCAGUUCGGUUCCGAGGAGGAUCCGUUUGCGGAGUACAUGUGGAUGGAAAACGAGGAGGAGUUCAACAGACAGGUGGAGGAGGAGCUGUGGGAGGAGGAGUUCAUGGAGCGCUGCUUCCAGCAGAUGCUGGAUGAGGAGGAGCAGUGGGAGUGGUUCAUCCCGUCCAGAGACCUCCCCCCCGGCGGCGUGACGCAGCUGCAGGACCAGAUCAGCCUGCUGGUUCUGGACCCGGACGUUCGCCCCGACGCCUCCGACCUGGAAGUGGUGGUGAGGAGCAGCCUGAAUCCAAACGCCAAGGAGUUCACCCCGGGGAUCCAGAAGCACAACCUGUGACCCCUAAGCUCCACCCAGCCUCUCCCCAGCCUGCUCUGUGACAUCAUCAGCAGGAAGUCCGCCGUUCUCCAGCCGCCGCUUGGACCUUCAGCCUCACGUGUUGCCAAAGUUCUGCUGUCGCCUCGCAUCUCUUCUCACCACGUCUCUGCCUCCCCUGGGGUCACCUGGGGUCACCUAUCUGUCUGUCUGUUUGAGGAAACUCUCUGAAUGUAAACCAGCUCCUUCCUGUUUCUGUCACCUGUUCUCCCCUGAACCUUUGGAACCCGCUUCAGAACGACCUUCAGGUUCUGUCCUGACUCUCCUCACCUGACCAGGUGUGAUGCAGUCUGAUCCAAUCAGAGUCCCACCCGACCCGGUUCUGUCAGUCUUUCCUCUCGUUUUUUCCCAGAAUCCUUUGCGUUGCUCUGCUGCUUUACUUCCUAACGUCUUUAAACUUUUUCUAAUGUUCUGUAAAAAAAAAAAAAAAAA